AUGACAGGUGGCCAGUAUUCGUUCUUUGGAGAGACCACCGGUUUGACAGCCUUUAAGGCAGCAGCUGACCGACUACUGAAGGACCUCAGCCUCUGCGACGAAUACGAUAAUAAUAUUGAGAUUGAUCGUCGCGCAUUUGUUCUAACGUCAAAACAGAAUAAUUUCACCAGAAUACUUAACAUGGACCCCACCGUCGGCAACAACACGCUUUUCGUCUUUACUUUGUCACAUGGUGCGGAAACAAAGAUCAGAAUUGAAGAUCCUUAUGGGGCUGUGUAUGAUUCCAAUUCAUCUGAAUACAGCAAAGAUGAGACUCUGAACAUAAUAAGAUUCCUUUUCCCAUUGACCAAGACGGGGACAUGGAAGUAUAUGUUAAAACGCGACUCUAACGCGAACGAGAGCAUAACAGCUGUGGUGACGUCGCACCCACGGGUUGGCACCCUGCCCUUUAAGGUGGAGACCUGGACCAGCUCUAAGACGUAUGACUACUCAGGAGGUCGUAGUGGGGUCGUCGCUUACGCCUACGUUCACCAGGGAUACGCUCCAAUCGUCAGGGCUUUUGUGGAGGUGGAGGUGUCCAGACCAGGAGACAUAUUCAACAUAACUCUCUAUGAUGAUGGCAUGCUCCCUGACAACACAGCCAAUGACGGCGUUUACAGCAACUAUCUGCUCGGCUUCAAGUCCAACUCCCGUUACUCUAUGGAUGUGAGGGUUGAGUCGGUGGAGGGAGAGACUGUCAUCAUCAAAUCUGGGAACACCCUGUCUGGCAGAACACUCUCUGUCUUUCAGAACACAACACCACCAGUGAGGAAUGAAACGGUGGAAGCUUUCAGCAGAACAGCUUCUCCAGAUGCCAUAGAUAUAUCUGGCUAUAAUUCCUCAGUUGACCAGCUGGAUCCAGGACGAGUCACCGACCUUGACAUUGCUAUAGAAAACAAACUCAAUCAGACCGUGACCUUGUCUUGAACUGCUCCAGGGGAUGACCUGAAUGUCGGAAAAGUUGCAAAAUAUGAGCUGCGGGUUGCGGUGACUUUUGCGAGCCUCAGAGUUAACUUCACACAAGCCUCGAUGGUUAUGAACGAAGAUUUAGUCACCGGAAGCUUGGACC